AUGACCUCCUGCUACAUCAGCUCAUCUCGCUGUCUGGGCAGCACUCAGAUGCCCGAAGCUGCAAAUGUCUGCGGUUCCUACAUUGACGUUGGGGGCCAGCCUGGGGCAGAGGCCAAGGCUGCCUCCCUGUGCCUGUCUGCCACCCUGGCACAUGCCAACCGGGUGCGUGUGGGGACAACUCCUCUGGGCCGACCCAGCCUCUGUGUACCCUACAGCUGCCAAACCGCUUGCCCCUUGCCAGGGACCCGCGACAUUCCCGGCAACAUCGGAGUGUGUGGGAACUAUGGAGAAGGCGCCCCGAACGGCCACGAGAAGGUGACCAUGCAGUUCCUGAACGACCGCCUGGCCAACUACCUGGAGAAGGUGCGCCAGCUGGAGCGGGAGAAUGCGGAGCUGGAGACCAAGAUCCGAGAGUCGAGCAAAUGCCACGAGUCCAGCGUGUGUCCAGACUACCAGUCGUACUUCCGGACCAUCGAGGAGCUCCAGCAGAAGAUCCUGUGCAGCAAGGCUGAGAAUACCAGGCUCAUUAUUCAAGUUGACAAUGCCAAGCUGGCUGCCGAUGACUUUAGAAUCAAGCACGAGAGUGAGCUGUCCCUACGCCAGGUGGUGGAGGCAGACAUGUGUGGGAUGCACAAGCUCCUGGAUGACCUGAGCCUGGCCAAGGCCGACCUGGAGGCCCAGCAGGAGUCCCUGAAGGAGGAGAUGCUCUGCCUCAAGAGCAACCAUGAGCAGGAAGUCCACAUCCUGAGGGGUCAGCUGGGAGACAAGCUCCAGAUUAAGCUGGACGCGGAGCCCACCGUGGACCUGAGCAGGGUGCUGGAUGAGAUGCGGUGCCACUACGAGGCCAUGAUGCAGACUGGCCACAACGACGUGGAGCAGUGGUUCCAAGAUCAGUCCGAGAGCAUCAGCAAGCAAGACAUGUCCUGCUCCGAGGAGCUGCAGUGCUGUCAGUCGGAGAUCCUGGAGCUGAGGCGCACGGUGAACGCCCUGGAGGUGGAGCUUCAGGCCCAGCACAGCCUGAAAGACUGUCUGCAGAACUCCCUAUGUGAGUCGGAUGCACGCUUCGGCACCGAGCUGGCCCAGAUGCAGAUCCUGAUCCGUGACGUGGAGGAGCAGCUGUCUGAGAUCCGGGCUGACCUGGAGCGGCAGAACCAGGAGUACCAGGUGCUGCUGGAUGUCAAGGCCCGGCUGGAGAGCGAGAUUGCCACGUACCGGAAACUUCUGGAGAGUGAGGAUUGCAAACUCCCUUGCAAUCCAUGCUCCACCUCUGCUGCCUGUGUGACUCCCCACUGUGCGCCUCGUCCAAGCUGUGCCCCCCGCACCACUUGCGGGCCUGGGUCGACCUGUGGAGUCAGCACCGGGAGCCGAUUCUGA